GCGCUCGGGGCGUGCGGUAACGCAACCAGCAGCAGGAAAAGACGGUUGACGUUCUUACGCCUGGCUAGAUGAUUGGCGAGGUAAGAUGGCGGCGCCAGAGGAGCCAGAAUUAUCCCAGGCGCAGACCGAAAAACUCCUUCAAUUUCAGGACUUAACUGGGUUGGAAUCAAUGGACCAAUGCCGCCGAACAUUAGAGCAGCAUAAUUGGAACAUCGAGGCUGCAGUUCAGGACAGACUUAAUGAGCAGGAAGGAGUUCCCAGUGUGUUUAACCCUCCACCAUCCAGACCUCUCCAGGUCAACACAGCAGACCAUAGAGUAUAUAGUUACAUCGUCUCAAGGCCUCAGCCCAGGGGUUUACUAGGAUGGGGUUACUAUUUGAUUAUGCUACCGUUCAGAGUUACAUAUUACACACUUCUGGAUAUAUUCAGGUUGGCCCUGCGAUUCAUCAGACCAGAUCCCCGGGCUCGCGUGACCGACCCUGUCGGAGACGUUGUGUCGUUCAUUCAUAGUUUCGAGGAAAAAUACGGUCGGUCACACCCCGUGUUUUACCAGGGCACGUACAGCCAGGCACUGAAUGAUGCCAAACGGGAGCUCCGCUACCUAUUGGUGUACCUGCAUGGGGACGAUCAUCAAGACACUGACGAGUUUUGCCGCUCCACGUUAUGUACGGAAGAGGUCAUAACCUUUCUCAACACAAGAAUGCUCUUCUGGGUAUGCUCAACUAGCAAACCAGAGGGUUACAGAGUGUCCCAGGCGUUGCGGGAGAACACCUACCCGUUCCUGGCCAUGAUCAUGCUGAAGGACCGCAAGAUGACCGUGGUGGGACGGCUGGAGGGUGUCAUUCAGCCAGAGGACCUCAUCAAUCAACUUACUUUCAUCAUGGAUGCCAACCAAACAUAUCUGAUGUCGGAGCGUCUUGAACGAGAAGAGAGGAACCAGACCCAAGUUCUGAGGCAGCAGCAGGACGAGGCCUAUCUCGCCUCCCUGCGUGCCGAUCAGGAGAAGGAGCGAAAGAAACGGGCGGAGAUGGAGCAACGGAAACGAGAGGAGGAGAAGGUCCGACAAAGUGCUCUUGCAGAGGAAAUCAGACGAAGAACACUCGAAGAGGAGAAGGAGAGGAAGUCGGAGUGUCUUCCUCCAGAGCCACCGGCUGACGACCCUGAAAGUGUCAAAAUAGUGUUUAAGCUGCCGAAUGAUACGAGAGUAGAGAGACGAUUCCUGUUCGGUCAGUCUCUGACGGUAAUACACGACUUCCUUUUCUCUUUGAAAGAAACUCCGGAGAAGUUCCAGAUAGUCACGAACUUCCCUCGCCGAGUCUUGCCCUGCCUUCCGACCGAGGAGCAGUCCAACCCACCGACCCUGAAAGAGGCAGGACUCAGCCGCUCCGAGGUCCUUUUUGUUCAGGACCUGACGGACGAUUAAUAAAUGACAUACCUCUUCCACGUGGAAACGCAUUUCCUCUGACACCCACCCACAUUUUAUUUUUGUUUGUUUGUUUUUUGUUUUGUUUUUUUCAUAUUCUGUUAAAUGGCCAUUAUGUGUAAGGGAUCACUGAGAUAAAAAAUUUUCUCCUGGAAGAUUAAACCAUCCUGCAUCCAGACCACAUUUAGUUGUUUACAGGGUUCCCGAUAGCCUGGAAAGUCUUGAAUUUUAUCAAAUAAAUAUUUCUUCAAGUUGUUCCUUGAACUCAU